AUGCCAACCGCACUAGACAAUGUCCUCAAGUCCAAGAACAUGGUCCUCGCAUUCGGCGGCGCCGUAGUCGCAGCCGCCGUGUGGACGAUCUGCGGCUCGGAGCUUUUCCCCCGGCAGCCGGACCCGACGGGCGAUCCGGAGACGUGGACGCGGGAGGAACUGACGAGGUGGCUCGCUGCUCGCAAUCUGUUCCCGGGGGGGACCGACACGAGGGAGGAGCUGCUGGCCAGGGUGCGGGCGAAUAGCAGGAUAGCCCGGCCGGGAUGA